AUGGCAGCAAGAGGUCCUCCAGCUCCGGGGAUGCGUGCAUGUUGGUCGGGAGUUCUCUGCCCCCGCCGCCUUUUCCGGCUGUUUUUCCGGGCGCCCCAAGGUGAGGUGCUCAAGGUCGAGGAGCCGCUAGCACCGCAGACGACCCAUCGGCCCUGCGUGUGGGGCGACGGCAGCCAACGCCAGCUUGACUACAGCCGUUUCGCUGCUGCGGUGGCGGAUGAGAGCGACGACGACACGAAUGCAAAGUACCCAGAUUUGACUGAAAAAGACAUCGAGGUUCCGCAGAGGCCUAGAUGUGUCGUGGAGUGCCGGAACUGUUCGCACAGCAUCACGCAACAGUCCUCCCAGCUGCGCUGUGGGCGCUGUGCGAAGGCGAUCUACUGCUCCAAAGCGUGCCAAAAGGAAGAUUGGAAGUUCCACCGGCGGACGUGCAAGCCAAUGACCGACGCAGAGCGAGCGCAGAAAUCGGUGGAUGAUCAGGUCGAUCUGGUGACGCGAAAGGCGGCCGAGAAGGAGUUCCGCCGCAUGAAGCUGGAAGAGUAUCAGCGAAUGGUUGCCAUGUCCAAGGGCCUCUGA